GUGCAGCGUGUUUCUCAUCGCUCCACUUGCUGGUUGACAGUCUUCACACUCUGCAGGCUCCUGUGAACAACAGUGAGUCCAAAACAUUAAAGUGGAUAAACAGCAAGAAGAGAAAGAGCAUGUUCAGGAACCAUUGUGAGAAGUCUUGCUCCCGCAGUUUUAAAAAAAGUUCAACGAAAAAGAAGAGGAUUUGUUGAAAUAAAAAGUUUAAUUAACUUUUGGAAACAACAUAAGCAAUCCAGCAAAAACAAAUGCUCCAGAAAAUACUGCUCUAUGAUCUGAGGCUGCUGCGUGGCUUCUAGGAACCAGAAAACUGCAAGAGACCAGAACCAGCAACACUGGAUCUUGUUGACUCACAGCCAACACUAUGUGGAAGCAUCUCUGUCCAAUGCAGUUAACUUGAAGAGGAUGAGUAAUUAAAGAUUUAGAUUUUCCUCAAAAAAUUUAAGCUGUAAUGCUUAAAUAGUGCCUGUGUCGAUUGGAAAUAAGAAAAGCAGAAAGAAAGAAGAACAUCCUUGUUUUGGAAAAAACAAACACAACCUUUCUCUAAUUAUUUAGUGGAUAGCAGCCUAGCUAAUGUGAGCUGGCUUUCAUUAGUCUAUUUGGAGGAAUGGCAAAUAACCAGACGGAAUGGCAAUAUUUAAGACAUGCUUGUCCAUCUUUGCCCUUCUCCUGACACUAACUAUUUUGGAAACAGGGAGCUUCAUUGAAUCUCCAAGUCAGGUUUUACCGGAACACAAUGAAGAAGAAUCAUUUCUGCCUCACAUCAGGGGAAAAAGGAGUGUGGCUACAAACCAAUGGAAUUACACGCUUGAUAUUGUAUUGAAUGCCUCUGAUGUGGCAAUAAUUCAGCAGUUUCAGUCCUCUUUGAACAGUUUUCCCAUACAACUUGGUAACAACACAGAGAUCUCGGAAAUUACCUUUACAAGAGUGUGUUCCUCGACUGCCACUGGCUUCCAGUGUAGAUGUGAGGACAAUUUUGCUUGGCCAUACAGCACAUGUGUCACAUAUGGAGCCUGUGAUUCCAUUGUUAGUGGCAUCUGUACAUGCAUUGAUGCUAUUCCAGCUGAUGGACAGUCCUGCCAGGCAAUAUCAGGGCUUCUGGCUCAGGUUGAGUACGAUGUGGAUGUUGAGCUGAAUUUUACUGAUAUUGGGACCGUGGACGUCCUUAGAAGCAUCCUGGAUGCCGGGGGCUUUUCCCUAGCCUUGGGUCCAACUGUGAACGUCACACACAUUACCAUCACCACAGUUUGUUACCCAAAUGGUACAAACUUCCAGUGCAGAUGUGAGGAACAAUAUGUGUGGUCAUUAAGCAACUGUAAUACAUAUGGAGCCUGUGAUGACAUCAUUGACAACACGUGUGGGUGUAUCAACAGUAUUCCUACCAAUGGACAAUACUGCGUGCCACAGUCAGUGCCUUUAGUAUUUUAUGAAUACCAGAUUAUUAUCGAGGUGAAUACCAGCGAUGCGGAUCAGUUGAGAAACGUCCUGAACAGUCUUCCUUUUCCUAUCCAGAUCAGCUCCUCAGUUAACAUAUUAGAUGCCAAUAUCACCACAGUUUGCAGCCAAGAUAACACUGGGUUUCAGUGCCACUGUGAAAAUGACUAUCUUUGGCCGUGUGAUAAGUGUGACACCUAUGGGAAAUGUGAUGGUAAUACAAGCAACACAUGUGGAUGCAUCAAUGCCAUUCCUCCUGAUGGACAAUACUGCCAGCCUGCUGAUCAAUACAGUAAGUUGGUUUUCAGCUUGUCCUCUUAUAAAAACUCCAUCACCAACAACUCUUCCUACAACAACUCCAACAACGGCCGAACAACAACAACAACUCCUACACAACACCCCACCAACAACGGCCGCACAACAACCCAACACCAACAACUUCCGACAACAACACCAACAGCGCGGCGACAACAACGCCAGACACCAACAACCGGCCUGACAACAACCCCAGCACCAACAACGCGACGACAACAACGCCAGCACCAACAACGCUACAACAACACCAACAACGCGGCCGACAAACAACACCAACAAACGCGGCAGACAACAACGCCAGCACCAACAACGCGGCCGACAACAAGACAGCACCAACAACGCGGCCGACAACAACGCCAACACCAACAACGCGGCCGACAACAACGCCAGCACCAACAACGCGGCCGACAACAAGGGCAACACCAACAACCCGGCCACAACAACGCCAACACCAACAACGCGGCCGACAACAACACCAACAGCGCGGCCUGA